AUGACCCUUGGAGCUGCAGCAACCGUCUGCGGUGUUGUGAUUGGAUCAAUGGCUGUUGCUCAGGUGUUCUCUUCAGUUUAUUUCAGUGCAUGGUCAAAUAGAUCAUACAUGAGACCACUGGUAUUUAGCAGCAUCAUUCUUCUUGUGGGAAAUACUUUGUAUGCAUUGGCUUAUGAUCUUAAUUCAAUAUCAGUACUUCUGAUUGGUCGACUAUUCUGCGGGUUAGGUUCUGCAAGAGCAGUUAAUAGGCGUUAUAUCAGUGACUGCGUACCCCUUAAAUUGCGAAUGCAGGCUUCUGCUGGUUUUGUCAGUGCCGGUGCACUUGGAAUGGCAUGUGGGCCUGCUCUUGCUAGUCUACUCCAAACUAAUUUCAAGAUUUACAAAUUGACAUUCAACGAAGACACAUUACCUGGUUGGAUUAUGGCUCUCGCAUGGCUAAUCUAUUUGCUGUGGUUGUCGAUUUCUUUUAAAGAGCCUUCUCGUGUGACAACAGAAAAUAUUGUGCCACGGGAAUCUAAUUCUGGGAAAAUUGUAAAUAUUUCUGUGGAGAAUGGUCCUACACAACCAUUGCUGUCAAACUCCAAAGCUAAGCAAAAAGAUGGAGAUGGAGACACUGAUUGUGAUGAUGCUGAAGAAGAUCCUGUGGAAAUCCAAAAACCAGUCAAUUCAAUUGUCACAUUCACUCCGAUUUUCUUAGCUGCGCUUCAUCCAUUCCCCUUUUUUUCCAGCUCUCAGUUUGCUUUAGUUCAACUGUAUAUCUAUUUUAUGCUGAAAUAUGCAAUGGAGAUGGUACUUGCUGAAUCCAGCGUCAUCACUGGAUAUUACUUUAUUUGGUCGACUAGCAGUGUGGCAAUCUUUCUUGCAUGUCUCGGGCUAACGGUGCUUCCAGUCAACGUUGUUGUUGGAAGCUACAUCAGCAACAUGUAUACUACUAAGCUUCCACGUAUUGAUCCCUUACUCUGUGCCUCAGUAUGUCACUCAGCCCUUAUAACAUUCGUGUCAGCUGAAGUCCUUGAAGGUGUAAACUUAUCACUCCUAUCUCGAGUCAUGUCAUCGAGGCUUUCUCGUGGGACAUACAAUGGCGGACUGCUUUCAACCGAAGCAGGGACCCUAGCUCGAGUAAUUGCAGAUGGAACAAUUACACUAGCUGGGUUUUGGGGUGAGAGCAAGCUCUUGAAUACCACCCUGAUUCCUGCAUUGUUCAUCUGCGUCUCAUCCAUUGUUGCCACCUGCUUCACCUACAACUCUCUCUACUGA